CCCGAGACUUCAGGGGAUUCCCCGAGAAGUCAAAGGGAGAUGGCGGUCGACUGUCAGGCCCGACGACGGAUUCUUCAGCAAUAACGCACACAUCACCAACAUCUUCAGCAUCACCAACAUCUUCAGCAUCACCAACAUCUUCAGCAUCAACAUCUUCAGCAUGGCACCAACAUCUUCAGCAUCACAACAUCUCAGCAUCCACCAACAUCUUCAGCAUCACCAACAUCUUCAGCAUCACCAACAUCACCACAUCUUCAAGCAUCCCAAACAUCUUCAGCAUCACCAACACUCUUCAGCAUCACACAAUCUCAAGCAUCACCAACAUUCAGCAUUCAUGCAAAACAUCUUCAGCAUCCCCCCAACAUCUUCAGCAUCACCAACAUCUUCAGCAUCACCAACAUCUCAGCAUCACACAUCUGGACACGCAUCAACAACAUCUUCAGCAUUCACACCAACAUCUGCGAAAAAGGCAUCAGCAAGCUGCUUCAGCAUCACCUAACAUCUUCAGCCAUCACCAAACAUCUUCAGCUAAUCCAUCCAACAUCUUCAAAGCAUCACUAACAUUUCAGCAUCACCAGACAUCUUCAAGGCAUCAUAUUCAACAUCUUCAGCAUCAACCUAACAUCUUCUGCAUCAACAACAUCUUCAGCAUCAACCAACACUUCAGCCAUUCACCAGACCAUCAACCAACUCUUUCAACAUCAGAAGAAUUCAGCAUCAGGCAACAGACGUCAGGCAGUUGUGUGCAGCAACUUCAGCUACCGGAGCAACAACUACGCAGCAUACAAGUCAGCUUCAAUCAACUUCGAGGCAUCACGUCAAGGCACCAGCAGCAACUUCACGCAUCACCAACAUCAUCAGCAUCAAGCAAAGUCAAGCAGCAGCAACGUCAGCAUCAACAACUUCAGCAUCAAGCAGGCCAUCAGCAUGCAUCAAACAACGUGCAGGCAUGCCAGCAGCACUUCAGGAUCAUCAAGUCAGCUUCAUCAACUUCACAUCACCAACGUCAAAGCAUAGCACAAAAACGUAGCAUCACAACAACUCAGAUCAACCAACCUUCAACAUCGAACAACGAAACUUCAAGCCAUCAUCCCCAGAACAACGUCAAAGCAUCAAACCAACCAACUUUAGCAUUCAACAGUGGCGUUACGCCCAGCAAUCAUUCAGCCAUCAAGCAACAGCUCAGCAUCAAGUCAGCUUCAUCAACUUCAGCAUCGACGGGUUUCAGCAAGCACAGCAGCAAACGUCACAUCACAAACUUCAGCAUCACCCACAUAAUCAGCAUUCAACAACGUCAGCAUCACCAACAUUAUCAGCAUCACCAUCUUUCAGCAUCACCAACAACUUCAGUAUCACAACUAACUCACAUCACCGAAAAUCUUCACAUCAAGCAACAAAAUUUCAGCAUUCACCUAAAACUCAGCAUGCAACUAACGUUAGACGCAACCUUCAGCAACAGCUCCAGCAAUGCAAGUCACUUCAUCAACCUUGUAAGCAUCAAACGUCAGCAUCACCAACAUCAUCAGCAUCACCAACAUCAUCAGCAUCACACCAACAACCGCGCUCAGCACACCAACAUCAUCAGCACCACCAACAACGUCAGCAUCACCAAGCAACGAGGCCAGCAGCAGCAACGUCAGCAUCAACAAUUCAGCAUCAGGCAAACUUUCACCAUCACCAACAUGCAUCAAGCACCACCAACAACGUCACAUCAGCAGCAACGUCAGCACACCAUCAUCAGGCAUCAAGCAGCAACGUCAAGCACCACAAGGAGGCGCGGUUUGAGCAAGACAAGCCUUAAUAUCGAUUUGGGUAUUAACAAGCUCAUUGAAAUCCGAGACGUGAGAGGCUGCAGUGGGAGCGCUCUCGAGAUGGCCUGGGAAGCUUGUUUUAAAUUUACUUGA